UAAAGUUUGUUUAGUUCAUCAUCAUCGUUAUUCUUCUAGCUUUUAUGUUCAAAUUUGUGUUUAGUAUGGUAUAAAAUGGUAAUAUGCUAACUCAGGAGCGCUUUGUUUAGGGGACUGUUCAUUUGGUUGUUCCUUAAGACUGCCCAAUGCAAAAAUAUACUCUAUAACUGCGGGAGGAUUAUAACACAAUAUGGCAUCAGUUGGAACAGCUCGAAAUUCAUAUUGGAAAACAACAAAUCCAAUUCCAUCAGAUCCAGUCUAUGAUAAAUUUAGCAGUUCUCAGACCCAUACAAAGGUGAAGCUAAAUAACCCUAUCCCAAAAGAUCCUGUGUAUUCAUCACCACGAGAACGAAGAGCACACACUCCUAAACCACGAGUUAAACCAGAAGCAUUAGCAAUUGCUAGAAACCACCAAGGAAGAGAUUUGGCGUUUCUGUUCAAUCCGUCUUUUCAAGUAAUCCCCAUAGGGGUGAGACCAACACACCAAGAAACUAGAAAUUAUGGAAAAGAAAAUCACCAAAAAAUAAAACAAAUUCAAAGAGCUAACAAGGAAAGACAAUGUGAAUCAGCGAGGCAAACACCUGUGAAAGCUGUAUACAAGCCGAAUAAAUUUGAUCAUGUUCAAUCUAAAGUUGCAGAGCGUAUCCAGACACCGGCCGCACCAAGACCUUCAAGUGCAAAAAUACAACGUUCUCAAUCCAUGUCUGACCUCAACAAAACAUCUAAAACUUCAACUAAUACUAUAACGAAUGAAAACAUUAAGAAGACAAGACCGUCUUCUGCUCGAGUAUCAAGCAAAGAUAAUAACAAGAUUGAGAAGAAUCGAAGACCAGUAACAGCAACGGAAAAUGCUCGUCCAAAGAGCCAUAUCGUUCUGAACAAACAGUCAUUGAAAAAUGUGAAACUGAAAAGAUCUCCAUCGUUGUCCGCACUUGACGACCUGAAAAACAAGCAGGAGAAAGACUUCAAUAAGCAUAAACGGGGGAGUGUGCCAAAAUAUCUUCAGAAGAGGCAACAACAAUGGAAGGUAGCUGAGGAAGAACGCAUCGCUUCUCUACCAGACCCAACUAUUCCUGAAGGUCAUUCACUCAUGCCUGAAGAUGAUCGAUUAAAAACGUUAAAUAUGUUAAAGAAGUCGAAACAUGAGAUGACGAAAGAACUACAGUCCCUUCCUUUCGGCAAAGACACGAUGCGCGUAAAAAAUCGUAAGGAUACUUUGGAACGCAAACUGCAGGAAGUUGAUGCUGCUAUGAAAAUAUUUUCAAGACCAAAGGUUUUUAUAAAGGAUGAAUAACAGAGACCAACAAAUUGAUGAUUUGAAGAACGGACCUGAAAAUAAGCGUAUAAAUACAGCAUAUUGUUGAUGAAAUGCGCAAGGAUUAAAAGUAUGACUUUUAGUAUAAAAUAUCAAAUCAUAUUCAAUAAUGUACGCAUGCGCUAAAAGACACGAUUUUUUAUAAUCAUUAUCCGAGUUAAAGUUUAUGCAACAUAGACAUUAGUGCGUUGUUUUCUAUAGCGAGUUAUUACAUCUUCUGUGUGAAAUUUGUCCAGGGUUUUAGCAACAUUACUUUAACAUGACGUCAUUUAAUAUUGCUUCAUUUAUUGCGUAACUGUCUUCGACACUACUUUGCAUCGUUGGUGUAAACAGGGCUGUGUGGCUGCCCUAAACUUACUAGAGUGUAAAGGGGAUACCUUACACGUAAUAAAUUGUGCCCCAAAACAACUUCAUCCCCAUACUAAAUUUUCUUUCCAACAUUCAAAGAUUGAUUGUAAUUUUAUUUUGUUAUUUCACUAGAUAUUUAUUAUCAAAUAAAUAUGUAAAUAUUUUGUAUAUUUAAAAAUAACGUAUAUAUUAUCAAAUUAUCGUUUGAAAAAAAUUAAUUUUACCGUU